AUGGCUGUUGACGAUAUCGCAAGUCACUACCAGGUGCUCGAGGAGCUUGGCCGUGGCAGUUUUGGUGUUGUGUACAAAGGCAUUGAGCGUGCCACGGGCGAGACAGUGGCCAUCAAGCACAUCGACCUCGAGUCCAGUGAGGAUGACAUCCAGGAGAUCCAACAAGAGAUCUCAGUGCUCAGCACUUGUGCCAGCCCCUUCGUGACUCAGUACAAGGCUAGCUUUCUGAGAGGCCACAAGCUAUGGAUUGUCAUGGAGUAUCUGGGCGGUGGCUCUUGUCUCGACUUGCUCAAACCUGGCAAUUUUUCCGAACCCCUGAUCGCCGUCAUCUGCCGGGAACUGCUGCUCGGGCUUGAAUACCUCCAUGCUGAGGGCAAGAUCCAUCGCGAUAUCAAGGCUGCCAAUGUCCUGUUGGCUGAGUCGGGCAAGGUCAAGCUCGCAGAUUUUGGCGUUGCCGCCCAGCUCACCAACAUCAAAUCCCAACGCAACACCUUCGUCGGAACUCCGUUCUGGAUGGCGCCUGAGGUCAUCCAGCAGGCUGGCUAUGACUUCAAAGCGGACAUCUGGUCCUUGGCUAUCACAGCAAUGGAGAUGGCCAACGGCGAACCACCUCUUGCCAAUAUUCACCCAAUGAAGGUCCUCUUCCAUAUUCCAAAGAAUUCUCCACCAAGGCUUGAGGGCAAUUUCAGCAAAUAUUUUAAGGACUUCAUCGCACGGUGCCUGAUCAAAGAGCCUGAACAACGACCGACUGCCAAGGAGCUGCUGAGACAUAAGUUCAUCUCGGGGGCCGGGAAAGUGGAAGCAUUGCAGGAAUUGGUGGAACGGAAACGAAUGUUUGAUGCAAACCAGACCAGGAAGCUGCACCCGGUCUAUUACCAGGAGACCCUUCAAAGCCUUUCCACUAACGACAACACCGAGGAAUGGACAUUUGACACCGUCAGAUCAGUUGCUCCCCCGCCACCAAAGAAGACCAACUCGAGAAACCGUGACUCAGGCAUUUUCUCGGCAGACGAGGCGAUGCGGAAGCUGGAUGUCAAUGAUGGACCUCUGCAGAUGACUUCUCCGGCCCCAAGUACUGUUCGGCGAGGCACUGUCCGACAUCAUGCUACUGGACGUCGGCGACAAGACUCGGUCUUCCAUGUCGAUUCCGAUGGCUCGCCGCGGUCCUCUAUUGCGCCGCGACGACCUCUCCAGCCCGAUAUGUCAUUCGGCAACACGGGAUCAACUCAGCGCCUGUUCCGUCGUGUAGCAUCAGAUGACUCAGAUAUCAGCCAUCCUAGUACAUCCUCUCGGUCAGAUGGCUCGAACGCCGAGAAUCGUGACCCCGAGUCUAAAGCAGCGCGCGACCUCUCGAGCAAGGAGGCAAUUUUGGGCCACCGACUCUACACUAAAGCCGUGGAGCCCACGCUGGUCGAGCUGCACGCCCAGACCUCUGCCCUCCAGAAACGCGAGGCUCUAGCCAAGCUGUCGGAGGCAUUCGCACUGCUCGAUUCCGUCGAUCCGGAGGGAAGCUACCACCUGAUGCAGAGCCUGGUCUCCGCCACGUCCCACGACAAGAAGCUCAGCCAGGCCUUCCUCAAGGGCAGCCCCGCGGACGACCCCAAGGUGCCCGAGGGCUACACCCACGGGACGGUCAUCAACAUGAACAAGCGCGACCAGAAUUCCACGCCCGCGAGUCCCGCCAAGGUGCUCUUCAGUGCCGGCAACCCACAACUCAAGAACCGCAAGCGGCGUGGUAGUGCAGCGCCCUCGUCCGAGGCCUCGCCGGCAAGGAACGGUGGCGGCGACAAGUCCGACGAGAAGCAGCUAGUCGAUCUUGAGAAGGCUGCGCUCGAGGCCCGCUUCCCCGGCAGGGAGGCGCAGCCCGGCAUGGAGCACUGCAAGCAGCUGUCGGAGCUGCUGUAUGGCCGCUGGGUGCGGAAUCUCCAGGGCCGCUGGCCAGGCAUUGCUGCUGAGCCGUAA